AUGGCAUCUAUUCCUGUGGUGCUUACCACCUUGCUGGUACACCUGCUGGCACACUGUAGCACGCAGGCCAACCCGGUACCGGCAAAGAUUCUUGGAAAGUACGUGCUGUCGUAUCAAUCGCCCGGAUCAAACAUCCACCUUAAUGCUCACGACGAUCCGGAAGAGAUCAACGAAUUGUCCAAUGGUAUCGAGAGUGGUGAGAGUAAUGCCGCGUUCGUCAACCCUCAGACUGCGUCCAACCAUUAUCAGUAUCGACCGCAGUAUCAAGAAGCAGCCGAUCAGUACGAGGACCAGGAACAGGAGCGAGAUACUGCCGACUAUGCGGAUGAUUCCGCCACAGCCAGCGCUAACCAUCAGCAUCACUACAUGACCACCUACAAAACUGUUACCAAACAUGGCGGCAGGACACGAAGUCGUCCCAAUUAUUCGGAUGCAGACAGCGAGGAGGAAGACGACGAGGUGGACACGAGUGCCAGCGAAGAAUCGAACGCUUACAAUGCGUACCGAGGAUAUCAUAAUAAGGCUAAAAAACAUCAAAACCAUCAUGCUACCAGCAGCAGCAGCAGCACGGGAACUUCGUCUGGGCUUGGUGGACAAUCUCACUAUCAUCAUUACAGCCAACAUCACCACCGGCCAAAGCAUCAGGAGCAACAGCAGUCACAGUCGCCACAUCAUUACCACCAUCAGGUAUCUUCAACCCAUACCUCCUACCAUCCACAGCUCAUACAAGCGUACAAGAUACUGCACGGAACGCCUAACCGCUUGCCAACGUCGCACGAAUACACCGAUGACGAGGGCAGUGAGGAGGAGGACGAGGAUGAAGAUUUCCACGGCGGCUCCGCUAUCGGAGCAGCUGCCGGUUAUGGCGGACCUGGGCCGCAGAUCAUACACACCAAAGGGCGAGCCAUUCCGAUCAGUCAACAUGUAGAAAUCGAAACCCCCGUACCGGUACCGUACGUGAAGAAGAUACACGUGCCUAUCCCACAGGAAGUGCGGGUGAAAAUUCCCCACCCCGUGCUGGUACCCGUCCCGCGCCCCUACCCCGUCCACAUACCGGUCGCCCAACCGAUCGCCGUUCCGGACAUUAAGGAGAUCACGGUACCGAUCGAAAAGAUUGUUCCGUAUCCGGUGGAGAAGAAAAUUCCCGUGCCCAUAGAAAAACCGGUUCCGUACCCGAUCGAGAAGCACGUCCCUGUCUACCUGCCGCAGCCCAUUCCGGUGAAGGUGCCAAUCGUGAAAACAAUUAUUCACAAAGUCAAACAACAAACUGCCAGCGGCCCCACUUUACCCCCCGGAAGCGGUUCCUUGUGGUAG